CUUAAUUGUCGGGCAUGUGGCUAUCCUUCGAUUGCUAAAAUAUAUAUACAUGUGUCGAUUUUUAUCUAACGAGUCUAAGGGACCGUCUGCUCACCGUGCUAUGGAAGCAAGCAGGGGGCUGGAAAUAUUCUUGAUAUGCUAAGUAUCCUAGUGGUGCGUCGGAAAGUUAAUAGCACUCCCGGGCAAUCACAGAGGUUGCCUGCGUGGAGUUCCGGGCCUUUGGGCAAGGAGGUGCGCUGGCCUCGCGUGAGGGAGCGUCCAAGAUGUCGGCGCCGUUGGCGGUAAUUUCAGCUGCCAGUUUGUGGGGGCCAUACAAAGACAUUUGGCAAGCAGUGGUUAAUGCUAUAUGGAAAAGGCAAUCUGAAGCAAUACAUCUUCUUGACCAGAUUUUAAAGAAACACAAAGCUGAUUUUAUAUCACUCUUCAGAAAUCCGCCGAAGAAUGCCCAACAGCAUGAAAAAGUUCAGAAAGCCAAUACUGAGGGAGUUGCUAUCCAAGGCCAACAGGGGACCCGAUUGUUACCAGAACAGCUCAUCAAAGAGGCCUUUAUUCUGAGUGAUCUUUUUGAUAUUGGAGAAUUGGCAGCUGUUGAACUUCUCCUGGCUGGAGAACACCAGCAGCCUCGUUUCCCAGGUCUCACUAGGGGUUUAGUAGCUGUUCUCUUAUACUGGGAUGGAAAGCGAUGCAUUGCAAAUUCAUUGAGAACACUUAUCCAGUCUCGACGAGGCAAGACAUGGACACUGGAGCUCAGUCCUGAGUUGGUGUCUAUAACAACACAGUUUACAGAUGAAUUGAUGGAGCAGGGUUUAACUCAUAAAAUUCUGACUUUGGUAUCUCAAAUUGAUGUGAACACUGAAUUUGAAAAAUUACAGAAAGAGCGAGGCCUGGGUAGUGAGAAACAUCGCAAAGAGGUUGCUGAUCUUAUCAAGGAAUGUCGGCAGGCUUUGGCUGAAAGCUUGUUUGUUUGGACUUGCCAGUCAUCACUAAGCCGUGAUGAUAUUUUAAUCCUGCUUAGUUAUUUGGAGAAAGUAACUGUAGAAGCUGAUGGAUCAUUGGACAGAGUAAACUUGGCACUACUGGCUGUUCUGUAUUGUUUUGAUGUCAGCUUUCUAGAACAGAUAACUGAAGAUCGAGACGAACUGAUGCGCCAGUUGCCGCUACUAACUGAGAGACAGUAUAUAGCAGCAAUCCAUACACGCCUUCAGGAAUCUCGGCCUUGGAAACUACCAGGACUUCAAGCUACUGUUAGGUUAGCUUGGGCGCUAACUUUGCGUGGAAUUUCACACAUCUCUGAUGUGACAGCAUUUGCGGAAUUCACUGAAGCUGAUGAAGCAAUGGCAGAAUUAGCAAUUGCAGACAAUGUUUUUCUAUUCCUCACUGAAUCUGUAGUGAGAGCAGAGAACUUUUAUCAGGAAGAAUUUUACAUCCGUAGAAUCCACAACCUUAUCACAGAUUUCCUUACCCUGAUGCCAAUGAAAGUGAAACAACUGAGAAACCGUGCUGAUGAAGAUGCCCGUAUGAUUCAUAUGAGUAUACAGAUGGGUAAUGAACCACCUUUAUCUGUUAGAAGAGAUUUAGAACAUCUGAUGCUUUUAAUUGCUGAGUUAUACAAGAAAGAUCCCUUUAAUCUGGAAUUUGCUCUGGAAUAUUGGUGUCCUUCAGACUCUCUGCAGAGCUCCACUAUCAUAGGAUCAUAUCUUGGUAUAGCCCAUCAAAGACCACCUCAGCGUCAGGUUGUUUUAUCAAAAUUCGUUAGACAAAUGGGAGACCUGCUUCCUUCCACAAUUUAUAUUCCUUAUCUAAAAAUGCUCCAGGGAUUGGCCAAUGGACGGUGUUCUCAUUAGCUUUACUUUGCUAAAGGUAAUGGUAGUACUCAUGCUGAAAACAUCCAAGGAGCAGGUGGAAGUCCUGUCUCUUGGGAGCAUUUCUUCCACUCCUUGAUGCUGUACCAUGAACAUUUACGUAAAGAUUUGCCAAGUGCAGAGAGCACUCAGUAUCGUCAUCCUCUCAGAGGCAUCACACAGAAGGAACAGGAUGGAUUAAUUGCUUUUCUGCAGCUUACUACGACUAUUGUGAAAUGGAGUGAAAAUGCACGAUUGGCUCUCUGUGAACAUCCUCAGUGGACACCAGUAGUUAUUCUGGGACUUCUGCAAUGCAGUAUACAUCCAAUUUUGAAAGCAGAAUUAUUAGAAACUCUCUCAGCCUUUGGGAAAUCUCCAGAAAUUGCUGCUUCACUAUGGCAGUCAUUGGAAUACACACAGAUAUUGCAGACUGUAAGAACUCCAGGCCAAAGACAAGCCAUUGGUAUUGAGGUUGAAUUGAAUGAAGUAGAAUCCCGGUUGUGAGGAAUAUCCUUAACGCGUGCCUUCUGCCAGCUCAGUACCCUGGUAGAGAGUUCAUUUCCUUCUAACCUGGGUGCUGGCCUGCGCCCACCAGGAUUUGAGCCUUACCUUCAUUUUCUGAGAGAAUCUAUAUUUCGAUUUCGGACCAGGGCCUACCGGAGAGCUGCUGAAAAGUGGGAAGUAGCUGAAGUAGUUCUGGAGGUCUUUAUAAAUUGCUGAGUGACCUAUGAACCCCAGCUUGAAGAUUUUGUGGACCAAUAUGUAGACUUGCAAGGAGAGGAAGUAAUAGCUUAUAAACCACCUGGGUUUAACCUGAUGUAUCAUCUGUUGAAUGAAUCACCAAUGUUGAAUUAUGUCUUAGCUUGUUGGAAGAGAGAUUGGCUUAAAACACUAGAUACCUAUGCACCUUUCCCUGGUAAAAAAAAGCAUUUGGAGAAGGCUGUACAGUAGUGUCUUGGUGCUCAAUCUACUUUACAGAAAGAGAACCUUUUCAUGGACUUCUUAAGAGAACGCCAUCUCUCUCUCAUUGCCUCACUAGAACAGCUGCUGCAAGGAAUCAACCCCUCGGACUAAAAAAGCUGAUCAUGUAGUAAUAUUGCCAGGUACCUUUAUCAUAGUAAUACCAAUCCUGAACUGGCUUUUGAAAGUUCCAAGACUUGUUGCAUUUCUUGCAAUUCUAACAUUCAGGUCAACCUGAUUGGAGACUUCACGCAAGACCAGAGUAUCAGUCAGAAAACUAAUGGCUGGAUUGUGGAAUGUUUGGACAAUGAAACUGCAGAAGAAAUCAUUAAUCCUGAUGAAGAAUUUGAAGUUGAAAGGAAGCAAGCACCGAUAUUCCAUGAAACAAGGAUUAAUAUUCUAAACCUUCUCAUUGCAUCUCUGGAGUGUAAACCACCCAAUCUUGCUCUGUAUCUUCUUGGUUAUGAAUUCAGGAAGCCUGUCAGCACUACAAAUCUGCAAGAUCCAGGUACCCUUGGUUGCCCUCGCACUUGCCUUCAUGCUAUUUUGAACAUAUUAGAGAAUGGUACUGGAACAAGAUCUGAUCCCACAGCAGUUCGGGAAUCUCCACAUCUAGCAGAGUUGUGUUAUCAGGUGAUCUAUCAGUUAUGUGCAUGCUCAGACACAUCAGGACCAACAAUGAGAUAUUUGAGAACUAGCCAGGAUUUCCUAUUCUCUCAAUUGCAGCACUUGCCUUUUUGUGUCAAAGAGCAUGAGAUUCGCCUGAAUCAGAUGUCAUGGUUAAUGAAAACUGCAUCUAUAGAAUUGCGAGUUACAUCACUGAACCGCCAGCGUUCUCACACACAGAGACUGUUGCAGCUCCUUCUCGAUGAUGUCCCAGUUAGAUCUUACUUAGCUGAUGGUGAAGGAGGGAUAGAAGAUGAUAGUCGUUCUGUCACUGGAUUCCUUCACUUUGACACUGCUUCCAAGGUGCAUAGGAAAAUCUUGAGCAUCCUUGAUUCAAUUGACUUCAGUCAAGAGAUCCCAGAGCCUUUGCAACUAGAUUUUUUUGACCGUGCUCAAAUAGAGGAGGUCAUUGCUAACUGUGAGAAUAGGACUGCACAUGGACUUAUCUGCAAUGUGAAGCAUCUUCACAAAGUUCUGAUUGCUGAAGUUAAUGCCUUGCAAGGAAUGGCAGCCCUUGGACAGAGACCUUUACUUAUGGAGGAAAUCAAUACAAUUCUUCAGUAUGUUGUGGAAAGGAACAAGCUUCUUCAGUGUCUGUAUGCAAAGAAACAUGCUCUGGAGUCCUGGAGGCAGCUGGUUGAAAUCAUAUUAACUGCCUGCCCACAGGACCUCAUACAAUCUGAAGACAGGCAGCUUAUUAUCCGUGAUCUAUUGCAAGAUUUACAUGAUAAGAUUUUGAAUGAAGAUGCAGCUCAAGAAUUAAUGCCUGUUGUGGCAGGAGCCGUGUUCACUUUGACUGCUCACCUAAGCCAAUCUGUACGAACAGAACAAAAGGAGCCAUUUUCUAUUCCUAUGCCUGGACAUUCCCAAUUUGUCCUAAUGUUGGAUGGUUCUUUUGCUACAUCACCUGCUUCCGAAGACUUGGCAGUGGGAUUUGCCUCCAUUGGAGACUCUUCUUUACAUAUCAUAUUGAAAAAAAUUCUGGAUUUUAUUCUGAAGACCGGUGGUGGAUUCCAGCGAGUGAGGACACACCUGUAUGGAUCAUUGCUCUAUUAUUUGCAGAUUGCUCAACGACCAGAUGAACCAGAUACCCUAGAAGCAGCCAAAAAGUCCAUGUGGGAGUGUUUAACAGCUCCUGAAGAUGGUUUCAGUAAACUGCAGAGAGAAAACAUGGCUAUUAUUGAAAGCUAUGGUUCUGCCCUAAUGGAGGUAGUCUGCAGAGAUGCCUGUGAUGGACAUGAGAUAGGACGGAUGCUAGCACUAGCAUUACUGGACCGUAUCGUCUCUAUAGAUAAACAGCACCAGUGGUUAUUAUAUCUCUCCAACAGUGGCUACUUAAAAGUGCUUGUUGACAGCCUGGCGGAUGAUGAUCUCAAGUUGCAAAGUUUACUUAUACCACAGCCUCCUUUGCUUACGCUGUAUACCUAUGAGUCAAAAAUGGCCUUCCUGACCAAAGUAGCAAAAAUACAGCAAGGAGCACUAGAGUUAUUGAGAUCUGGAGUAAUAGUGAAACUUGCACAGUUUCAGGUAUAUGAUAUGCGGCCAGAAAUAGAUCAACAAGGAAUAUUUGGAAUGCGAGACCCUCCAGUCUUCAUUCCUGCUCCUGUGGAGCGUUACCACCAGAUUAUUUUGCCUGCUCUCCAGCUUUGCCAAAUCAUCCUUACUUCUAGCAUGGCACAACAUGCUCAGGCUGCCAGACAGGUUUUGCAGUUCCUAAUAUCCCAUUCAGAUGCUGUCCAAGCAAUCUUGCGGUGUCAAGAAGUUAGUGUGGGAGCCUUGCAAGAAUUGGCAUUACUAACUGGAAUAAUCAGCAAAGCUGCUUUACCAGGUGUGCUGGGUGACUUUGACCUUGAUUUCAAUGAAGGAAUGCAGAUUGAAUUACAAGGACAUAUAGGGCGAUUUCAGCGCCAAUGCUUAGGCCUACUCACACGGUUUGGUAGUUCAGAGAGACUGCGCCAAUUCAGGUUGCAAGAUGAUCACACAGAUGCGGAUAGAGUGAACAAGAGAGAUGAUCUUGAACUAGCCAUGCAACAGAUCUGUGCCAAUGUGAUGGAAUAUUGCCAGCUGCUUAUGCUACAGUGUGCCCCUACUUUUGAACAUACAGUUUGCCUAUUCACUCCCAGCCUCUCUGAGUCCACCAAUCGAGAAGGACCUCGGCAGGAUACACAAGCACCAGUGAUUCCAUAUUGGCGAUUGCCUGGUCUGGGUAUUAUUGUCUAUCUCUUAAAACAAAGCGCUAAUGACUUCUUCAGUUACUAUGAUAGUCAUCAUCAGAAUGUUAGCAAGUUGCAAAAUGUGGAACAGCUACCACCAGAAGAGAUAAAAGAGUUGUGCCAGUCUGUUAUUCUAGCUGGAGUAGACAAAAUUUCUACAACCCAAAAGUAUAUUUUAGCAAAGCGGCGUUUAGUGAAGCUGAUCAACAAUCGAGCCAAACUGCUUUCUCUGUGUUGUUAUAUUAUAGAAACCUGUCUUUUUAUUCUUUGGCGGCAUCUUGAACACUAUCUGCUACACUGUACACCUGCAGAUUCCCAAGCUUCUCUUUUGGCUCCCAGGACUCAGUCAAGGAGCAGAAGAUUACAAGAAACGAACUUUGAUGUAGCAAGUGGAUCGAGCAGAAUAAGCCAACUUGAUAUAGAUCAGCUUCAGUUAGAGGCAACCAAUAAUUUUGGAGAAUCCCUUCAGAAGAAACUUCUAGAUAUAGAAGGACUGUAUUCUAAGGUGCGGUCACGCCAUACUUUUAUUCAAGCACUUGUUAGACGUAUCCGUGGCCUGCUAAGAAUACCAAGAGGAUGAAGAAUAAUGUUUGUUCAUUAUUGAUGUUUUUUGUACAAGUAACAUUUUAUAAAUUAUGGUGAAAUUAUUUUAAUACGUUUCAUUAAGAAUGAAUAAUUUGUCUGUGUUCCUGCCAUUCAUUAUUACCUAAGUCAAAAAAUAAACUUUUUUAAACAGUCA